UUUAUUUUGAAACCAAGCACCGCGCUUGCGUGACCUUUGAGCUAGUGCGCACGGCGGAUAUUGCAAUGGCUCCAAGUGAAGAAAAUAAAGAGAAUUUGUUUACCAACAAACAAGCACCGGAUGAUAAUAAAGCGGCGGACAGCGAGGGGAAGGAUGAGGAUUUCGGGUACGGUUUAUAUCCGGACAGAACGCGCAGAAAAUACAAGGAGGGCUCGAUCGGAGAGAGUCUGUUCACCUUUAAACACAAGUGUAACAUCAUGCUGCAGUUCACACUGGACACUAGUCCAUACGCUAAACUUCUGCUGGGGGCCAUGAGAAACUCCGGCUGUACAGUUUAUAAAGACAGACAUUUCUCCUGUGAGGAUUGUGAUGGGACGGUCAGUGGAGGAUUUGAUGCUGCUUCGUCUCAGAUUGUUUUGUGUCAGAAUAACAUUCAUCAGCAGGCUCAUAUGAAUCGAGUGGUCACACAUGAACUGAUUCAUGCUUUCGAUCACUGCAGAGCUCGAGUGGACUGGUUCAGUAACUUCAGACAUUUGGCUUGUUCGGAGAUUCGAGCGGCCAAUCUGAGCGGCGACUGUUCCUUCGUCAAUGAGAUCUCCAGAUUUAACUUUGGCCUCAAGGAACAUCAUCAGGAAUGCGUCCGCAGUCGCGCGCUGCGCUCCAUCCUCGCCGUGAGGAAGGUGAGCAGGGAGGAGGCUGAGCGAGUGGUGGAUGAGGUGUUUGACAGCUGUUUCAAUGACCACGCCCCCUUCGGUCGCAUCCCACACAGCAAGAAGGACGCAAAGUUUGCCCAAAGGGAUUUUGAGAACAGAGACCGAUACCAUGCAAACCUGUAGAUCACACAAAAAAAUGCAGCGUCUCUCUGUGUUUUUAUUCUCACAACGGUGCUUUAAAGUGACCUGAGUAACAAAUAAUCUGCGUUUAUCACAGACAGCUGAAGAAGAUUCACUGUCCAGUCCAUUGUGUCAGUGUGUUUUCUGUGUGUCGUUGUCAAGAACACAUGCUUGUCGUUUUCAUCAUUUGAUCUGCACUAAAAUCUUUUAAUUGACAACAAAUGAGGAAAAACCCGCUUUAUAUCGGUAUUGUUUGAAAGGGAUGAAAUAAACCUGUAAUUUAUUAAAGAA